UCCGCCCGUCCCAUUGAUAAUUAACUUCUCAGCGCGUCAUUAAUUAUCCUAAAACCAGUGAUCAGUCCUCAAAAGAAAACACAAAAUCCCCUAAAUGGCCCAAACUCCCGGUCGCCGCCGCCGCCGCCGGAUGGUAGUCCGCAUCGUGUACCCAGGCGGCCACGUGGAGCUCCACGACGCUCCCAUUCUGGCCGGAGAAAUCACGGCCAGGCACCCGAAAUGCGAGGUGGCUCGCCCGGACGUGUUCCGCCAGCCGCUGUCGGCCGUGGUCUCGCCGGACACGACCCUGAUGCUGGGCCAGAAAUUCUACGUCGUACCCACGAGCACCAUCAGGAAGCUUCAGAGGAAGUUCGCGAAGCGCAACCCUAAUGCCGGCGCGGCCGGCGCGGCCGCCGCCUCCAGCUCUCCUGCCGUAGUUGAUGGCAAUAAUAUCAUUCCUCGCUAUGUAUAUGGUAACGAGAAAAGAGCCGGCGGGGAUCCACGGCGGCGGAAAGUCGGCUGCUUUAGUUGCUUCACCAACUUGAUUAACGGGAAUGUCACCAAGGACAAGUCUGGCGAAAGUUAUAGCUUUAGUAACGAUGAUUAUCGUAUGGGUAUCGUUAAUUGGAGCGGAAGUGGGAGUGACAGCAGCGGCAGCGGCAGCUUUGGGUCGCCGGCGGAGAAGUUCUUAGCGUGGAAUGAUAGUACAAAGAGUAACUACUAUAAUAAUAAGAAGAUGAAGAAGAAGAAAAGGGGUUCAGGUGGUGGGGCUCGUCAGCCGCCGAAGAGAGGUUUUGGUUUUGAUGGUUGGACGCCGAGUCUGGAGAGCAUCACAGAAGAAUAGAGAUGUGACCUUGGCCGGACGGAGAUGUUUCCGACGACGACGUCGACAUCGGAUCUGAAUUUCUGACCUUUAUCUUAUCUCAGAAGCUGGUAUUUAGAGAUGCAUGGUUGGAUGUAGCGGUUGUGAUUAGAAUUUGAAUGUAUUGCUUGUGAGACAAGAAAUGUGAAAUAAUGUAGCCGAAACUGAAAUUUUGAUUUGGUGCCUGCAUGGAUGGUUUAAGUAAAAUUGGGGUUGGUUGGUGUUGAUAUGUAGUUUUGAUUAUCAAUGUGGAAUAAAAUACCAGAAUGAUU